AACCAUAAGUGAACAUCUCAAAGUAACGUUCAAGGAAGACUUUCCAAAAAAGGUUUUUUUUCUUCUUUUUUUUUUUGCUUUUGAUUGCGAUGGAGGCGAUUGCCCGGGAAAUGAUGGAAGGGCUGGGCCAUAAUAAGAACUAUGUGGGCGAUUUCACACUGGGGAAGAUGGGUAUGAUCGAUGAACUAAGUGGAAGAGAGUAUUACCCCCUGAGCUACACAGCAAAGGAUUUGCCGGUGCCAGUUGAGGGUUAUGUGGCGACUCAUGGGAGAUAUUUCCCUCCGGAUGCAAGAGGUGUGAGGGGUUUGGUUGUCUUUGUUAUUGACGAUGAUAACGACGAGGCCAUGGAAGUGCGGAUCCAAAGGGUGUCUAAGGAUGGCCAAAUUCUGGAAGAUUAUAGAAACUAUUCUUCAGCAGAUGUUGAUUGGCAAAGUUUGUUUAUCUUGCAAGAACAACAAGACAGGUCCGAAGCGUUGAUUGACGAGUCCCUCAAGAAAGGCUACAUUGUUAUAUGAUUUGUUAUCUUUUUGCUAAUCUCGAGAAAUGUCUUGGAAGUGAGUU